AUGUCUCUCUCAUCUACUACAAACGAUACCCAGCAGCUCGCGCUCAUUCACGGGCGUAACGAUCAACGCCUCAAACAGCAAGGCGAUGGGAAAGUGCAACUCGCCUUCGCUCGCGAUGUCAAGAAUUCUCUUUUGUUCCAAUAUGAUUGGGGGGAGCUCCUCUCCGCUGCUCCUCUCGCCCUUUAUCUAAUUGGCUCAUGUUACGUGGCGGCAACGUCGCCGCUCGCGCGCGGGGUUUCUCUCAGCGACGCCGUGCCAAAGGACGGAUUCAAAUAUCUACAGCAUGAUAUGCUCAAAGCAUGUCUGGUCCAAAUUUCGAACGCGGGUCAGAAGGCUUUUCUUAUAACCGAGAAAAACAUGACUCUCAUCAAUAGUACUUCAAAUUCAUUGAGCGGAUAUAUGCAAUCAAUCUCCAACCAUCUCCCUGAAUUGCCUGCGCCUGCUGCAGAAUAUGCACUCAAAGACAAGCUGCAGUUGAUGAAAGAUGGCUCCAAUGCCUGUCUUGACUAUGCGCGAACCAUAGAGAGGGCGUUUAAUGAUUGGCUGGACAUCGUACGCGAAUUAUAUGAAGUCACCGUGAGCAAGGAAGAGAAGAUCAGUUUGGCCCACUACGAACACAAGGUCGACAUUGAUGGAGUAUCGCUCGAGGCGGAAUUGACACAGACAGAUCUCAGUCAUGCGCAGGAGACUGCAAAGGAUCUGAAAAAACAGCUGGAUGAAUCUCGUGAGAUGUUCAAAAAGGCUGCAGAUGCGAUGCCGAGCGCGUGGGGAGCUGUCGCCCUCAACUUCAUUGACAGUCUCCACACUUCUGCUACAACAAUUGUCUCCCAGGCAAUACCAUCAGGAGGUCGCAAUGCAGACGCUCUUCCGAAAGCUCACGCGAAACUCUGGCAUCCAAAGACAGUUCCGGAUGACAGCAAUGACCCAGCAUAUCCUGCAGCCGUCGUCUGCUCUGACAUGCUGAUCACAUUGAGCACGAUGCUUGAUACCAAUCCAGAAGACGGGCCUGAUUGGCAAAGCUUCAUUCCGAAAGAAGAUUCGGGCAUGAAGUCUGGUUUGACUUGCGUGAAGGUGACACUCAAACAUCAAAUUGACAAUGUCCAAUGGACGGAGGCCGCGCCGAGCAUCGAACUGCGCUCCGCUAUCAGUUACACGUUGGCCGUUAUUGAUGAGCUGGAGAAGUUCGUACCGAAGGAUCAUGAACUUGUAUCCGCGACGCAAAAACCCGACGCUCAAGUAGUUCGCAAAUGGCAAAGCGUAGUCUCCGAAGCAAAUGCGAAGGUCAUGAAAAUGUCGACGUUCGCACGCAGCAUGCCCGGCGGAGCCCCAACAAGCUUUCAAUUAUCGAGCAUGCCUAAAACCUCACCGUCAACCGUAGAUCCAACUGCUCAACGGUCCGCUUUGUCCGCGGCUCAACACAAGCUGAGCAUGACACAAGCAGCGUAUAUUUCCUCUCAACAGAAUCAUACGGAAGCCAGCUCUCAGGUCGUCAAAGUCGAAGCAAAGCUUGCUCGUGUCAAGGCAAAUCUCCAGAAGCUGGAGAAACAACAUAUGACUAUGGUGAGUGCAACAUUCAAAAAGAUUCUGACCCAAUCCAUCGGCACUCUGAUACAAAUGAAGGCUCAGAUAACGAAUCUUGUCUUAUUUUUCAAUGCACUGUCUGCCAUGGUCGAGCAUGUUGUCAGUCAAAACAUCAAAGACUUCAUACAGCAAGUUGAUUCAGCAACUAGGGUGCUCAUGGGUGGCAUGUCGCUGCUGGACGUUUCUCGCCAGGAGUUGUAUAACAUAUCCGUGAUGUGUCAAGCGUACUUCUCUCUGUUCAAGAGUGUUUCGCAAAUGUACCUUCAGAUAUCGCGACAGUACAUCAUUCCGGGAGUAGCUCUUUGCGAUGAGCUCAGCCUCAGCAUUGAAGGAGACGACGACAAGAUAGCAGCAGCUGUUGCCACACGGACGAAGAAACUUGGAGAAUAUUCCGACAAUGCACAGGGCGCGAUACGCGCAAUGAUUACAAAGAAUAAAGAGCAGGUUGCAGCGUCGCUAGAGAACCGGGUACGAGUUGUCGCAGAGGAUCUCAAAAUGCUGCCUAAUCUGCAACCGAAUAUGGCCAAAGCCAUCACAGAGGGCUCAGAGAUGCUUACUUCUGCGGUGCAAAAAGGCCUUGACAACUACACUCCUCCAGCUAUCGCGGCGGCUGAAAGUAUAUCUUUCGACCUCAGUGUAAGUCGUACCUGCAUCGUGCAACGUUAG